GUGGCUGUCUGCUUGUAAGACAAGAGUAGAAGCGAGAGGAGUUUUAACGGAAGGGCAACUCGACUCUGCUGGCAGCAUGGCAAAUGUCACACGAUCCCAACUGGCCUUGCUGAUCUGGACCAUUUGUUUCAAGACCUGUAUGUCAGAUGGCAAUAUGACGAUGACAACAGAGGCCUACAAUGACGACUAUAGUACAGAGCCAGAGACCGAUACAGUGGAUUAUGACGGUUAUGAACACCAGUGCAUGAAGGUGUCAAAUCGCUACUUCCGGUCCUGGUUCAUGCCUGUCAUCUACUCAGUCAUCUGCUUCGUGGGCCUGGUGGGCAACUUUCUGGUGAUGCUAACCUAUGUCUAUUUCAAGCGGCUGAAGACAAUGACUGACGUCUACCUGCUGAAUUUAGCAGCAGCAGACCUGCUCUUUGUGCUGACAUUGCCCUUCUGGGCAGCUAACUGUCUCGACAGGUGGGAACUGGGACUGUUCCUGUGCAAGGCCAUGUACAGUGUCUACAAGAUAAGCUUCUUUAGCGGCAUGCUCUUGCUCACCUGCAUCAGUGUGGACCGCUACUUCGCCAUCGCUCGUGCCGUUUCAGCCCACCGCCAUCGUUCGCAGGCUGUCUACAUCAGUAAAGUGUCCUCUGUGGCACUUUGGGCCUUGGCGCUCCUCUUUUCUGUGCCUGAAAUGGCUUACACCCAAGUGAGCGAAAACCAGACCUGCAGCCCCUUUGUUGGGGACUCCGGCCAGCUACGGGUGGGAAUCCAGGUGGGCCAAAUGGUGGGUGGCUUUAUGCUGCCUGCCCUGGUGAUGGGCUUCUGCUACUGUGCCAUUGUGCGGACCCUGAUACAGGCCCGCAACUUUGAGAAGAACAAGGCUAUUAAGGUCAUUUUUGCUGUGGUAGCUGUCUUCUUGCUCUUCCAGGUGCCCUAUAACGUGGUCAUGCUGGUGACCACCUUGAAUAAAGUCUGGGGCAGCAUAGACUGUACAUAUGACAAUCAGCUGCUAUAUGCAACGGACAUUACUCAAAGCCUGGCCUUCAUGCGCUGUUGCCUCAACCCCUUCCUUUAUGCUUUCAUUGGUGUCAAGUUCCGCCACGAUCUGCUGAAGCUGCUCAAGGAUCUGGGCUGCGUGAGCCAGGAAUGCCUCUACCAGUACACUGCCUGCACCAAGAAGAGGAUGCCUGUGUCUAUGGACACAGAGACCACCACCUCCUUCUCACCCUAAGGCAGCAUCACAUCUCUCACCAAUGCUAAUAAAGCCUCCUGUUCCAAGCUUAGCCGUUCCCAUCCUGCUGAAUUCUUUCACAUCCAACUUCAUGGACCAUAUUUCAUCAGCCAGAAAGUCCCUCUCUCCACUCCCUGAAAUGGACAUGCAUCCCAAGGAAACACUUCCACUCUGCGUCCACCCCUCUGCCCCAACCCCAUCUUUAUGAUUCCCCAACACUCAUACAGAUUAAUUUAAGACCAGAUCAUUUAAAUGCUCUUGUUGUUGUAUCCACUGUGGCAAAAUACAACAUUGUCUUUAGUAGUUAUCUCAGUCCCCAGUGUGAUAUGCCACUGAACAUACAGGUUAGGAAGGUUAUGCUUGUUUCAAUGGCUUUUAUAUAUAAGUGUGUACUGAUAAGCUUGUUCACCAGUUUCUUUUUAUUUUAUUCUGUGAGGGACAUUCAGUCUUCAUUGUCAUUUACAGGGUAGAGAAAAAUAUGGGAUUUUCUGUCAUGCUUGUGACUCUCAUGCUUGUGAUAUAUUACAUUCUUGUGUUUUCUUAUAAGUCAUGACA